UCCACGUCGCUCCGUCGCUUGUGGUCACUUGUGGUCGUUUGUCACUGUAGGGCUAAUGAAAUAUCGGCCAGAUUCGUAGGAUUUGUCGUAAAACAGCAAAAUGUCAAUGGACUUUCAAAUCCAAUUAGCAUCCUCUUUAGGAAAUAAGACUGGAUUUUUACCAGAAUUAAAGAAAACUAUGGUACGACCAUUAGCGCAACUGGCUGUCAAAACGAUAGAGCAGAAUCAUGUAGAACCUGGUGUAUUAAACAGAAUCAGCGAGAAAUAUAAUAUUCCACAAGAAAAGAUAGACGAGUGGUACGCGACUAUUCUGACCAUUCUGAGACUACAUUUACGAGCUCCCACAGGGUCCAUUAAACCGACCGAAUUCAAGCAAUGCUUGCAGGAAUUAAAGUUAUUACCUGAAUGUAUCGAAGACUUAUCAACCGUUGCUUAUGGCCAAAGGAGACCUUUGUUAAUUCAGAGUUUGUCAGAAAAAUUGAAAUUUUAUCCUCAUUUUAAGUUGUGCAAAUGGAGAAUUGAUAUUACCAUUUCGUCCAGUACAUUAUCGCGAGUGCUUCAAUCUGUCGUUUUAAUGGAAUGGUUUCUCAGUACCGAAGAAUGUUGUACGUUUGAAUUGUCCCUUGCGCAAUUUCACCGUCUUCGGCAUACCGUGGCAAAUCUGCUUAUGGAGAUGCACACUCUUGAAAAUUGCAGUACAUUUAAAAGCAUCUAAACCAGCUGAUGAAGCAUAGGAAUUUAAUGUGAAAGAAUUAAUAGAAAAGAAGAAAUGUCCAACUUUUUUAAACUAAUUAAUACCAUGAAAUCUUCAAUAUAUCGGUAUUACGUUAGCAAUGCAUUUUGCGAUGAAAUAUGUAUAAAUUAUGCAGCUGUAUGCGCUUGAACUUACAAGAUAAGAAUAUGUAUCCACAUAUAUAUUACAAAAAUGAUAUAAUACACCACGAACACGCAUA